AUGUUGCUUAUGCUUAUGCAAGGAAGUUUGCUCUAUUUAUGUCCUUCCUCACCUGUCGUAUCUAAACUUACGUUUCUGCUCCUCCACGCUGAUUAUCAAAAAGCCUGGUUUGUCUUAUCGAAUGCAUUGGAGCCUGGAGCUUUGAUAGCACUAAUAAAAAGAGAAAGCAAAGAAAAUAGGCAUUGCUGUUCUUUCUUAGACCCCGGUAGGAAAAGCACCCCGUUUCAUUCCUUCCAUGGUUUCUUGCUUCCUCGCUUUCUUUGGAUUCUUUGGUUUUUAAAAUUUUUAAAUUCUUUGACUAGAAACGGUAAUGGCAAGCUCAUACAAAAGAUCAAUAUCCUUCUUUUCUUUUUGUAA